UGUUUUGGUGACUUUAUUUCUUAAUUUGCUGGUAAAUUCUUUCCUUGUGAGAGUUUAAAUGUAUAUCAAAUAUCUAUAUGAUCAAAAAUGCUAAAAUUGGGGCAUCUGGCUGGCUCAGUCGGUGGAACAUGUGAUCUCAGGGUCAUGAGUUCAAGCCCCAUAUUAGGUGUAGAACUCACUUAAAAAAAAAAAAACAAACUAAAAUUGUAGAUCCUGAAUUGCUGAGACUUUUACUAUAGUUAAUUACUGGAAUUUUACUAAACCUUGUGCCAGGGAGGGAACUAUUUCACAAUGAACCUGGGAGGUUUGGCCACUGUUCAGAAGUUGCGUUCCUCAUUUAUACUUCAGCAUUAUACAUGCUCAAGCAUAAUACAAUUGGGAAUCAGCUGCACAUGGGAAAAUAUUGUAAGUACACAGUUGACCUCUCUAGGCUCAUUCACUCUCUCUGGUCAAAUCAGGAAUGGAAGCGAAUAUCAUAAGCCGCACAUCUGUCCCCACUUCACUGCUGUUCUAAGGGGUCCACUUCCUGAAAAUGAUGUCCAGCCCACCAUUUGAGUCACACAUUAUGUGUGAAGAUGAUGCCAUCUGUUAUGUUUCAUAAUGAUUUAAGAAUAUACAAGUGGGCAGAACCAUAUGGUCGUGGUAUCAUGGGGGUCCCCUGGUGUCCAGCAGAAUUCCUGGAACCAUUCUUGGAUUCAACAGGAAGUGACCAAGUUUACUCCUGGAUGCUAGUCACCAGCCAAGCUUUAGGGACCGUGUGGAGAAUAGCAAAGGGGUCAGUGAUGCUGGCAGCUUCAUUUCUGGUGCCUGCCCUCUGCUACUUCAGGAGGAUGCAUUAUGAUUUAGGGCACUGGCUGAAAUGGUGGAUUGGAUAUCUGCAGAGAAAAUUCAAAAGGAACCUCAGUGUGGAGGCGGAGGUCGACCUACUGAGUUUCUGUGUGAGAGAGUGGAAAGGAGAGACGCCACGUGCCAAGAUGAUGCGGAAGGCUUGUGAGGAGCUGUUUUGGCGGCAUCACAUUAAAUGUGUCCGGCAAGUAAAGAGAGAUAAUUAUGCUGCUCUGAGGUCAGUGCUGUUUCAGAUAUUCAGCCAAGGCCUCUCCUUUCCAUCGUGGAUGAAAGAGAAGGACAUCGUGAAGCUUCCUGAAAAACUGCUCUUUUCACAAGGUUGUAAUUGGAUCCAGCAAUACAGUUUUGGUCCUGAGAAGUAUACAGGUUCCAAUGUGUUUGGAAAAUUGCGUAAAUGCGUGGAUUUAUUGAAAACACAGUGGACUGAAUUUAAUGGAAUUAAAGAUUAUCACAAGAGAGGAAGUAUGUGCAACAUCCUUUUUUCUGAUCCUCUUCUGGAAUAUAAACUGUAUGAAGCUUUAAAGUUUAUCAUGCUAUAUCAAGUCACUGAAGUUUAUGAACAAAUGAAGACUAACAAAGUCAUUCCCAAUCUUUUUCAACUCCUGUUUUCCCGGGAAACAUCCUCUGACCCUUUAAGCUUCAUGAUAAACCACCUGAAUUCUGUGGGCGACACAUGUGGACUAGAGCAGAUCGAUAUGUUUAUUCUUGGACACUCCCUUGAAAUAAAGAUAAAAGUGUUCAGGUUGUUCAAGUUUAACUCCAGAGACUUCGAGGUCUGCUACCCAGACUUGGCACCCAGGGAGUGGCCAGAGAUCUCCCUGCUGACGGAGAAUGACCGCCACUAUCACAUUCCUGUCUUUUAAGUCUGGUGUGGGCUAGGCACCAGCUCUCACCAAUGACAGUGGUUACACUUUCAAGUAAAGUCCAGCUGGAAAACUAAAGCUAGUGUUGUGGCCAUUGAAAGGAUGAGGACCUUCUUCUCUGGAAUGGCAGGUGCACUGGACCCAGAGGUGUUCCAGUGUUUUCCAGCGAAAAACCAGCCUCACUGAUAUAUUUGCCAGUUGAUGGUUUUACUUUGUUCAUAUGGGCUCUGGUCAUUUCACACGUGGCAGGCCUUUAAGGGCACAAGUAUGGUAAAUUUGGGCAGUACAACAAUGUACAGGAAAAAAUUUGAGAGAAAAAGAGGAAAAGGACUAACCAGGAAAGAAUUUGUCCCUAACCUUGACAUUCUCAUUAGGAGCCUCAUCGUUGAUUUUGGAUCUUCAUAAGCAUGGCAUUGUUUCAGAAGCAUUACCUUCCCCGGAAUCAUUAUGGUGUAUUGAUUUUCUAGAACCACUUGAUUAACUGUAAAAAUCAUGUGUGUGUGUGUGUGUGUGUGUGUGUGUGUACAGACAUAUGCACAUGUGUAUACAUUGUAUAGUUUAAUGCUACAUAUAUGAAUACAUACUCAUAAUCACUACUUUGUAAUGUUGUACAAUUUGUUUUAUAUUGCUUUACAUUUUUUUGUUACUGUUGCAUCUGGCCAGUCCACUCUGUUUUAUAUGGAUAAAAAUGAUUAAUUCUGUAGAUUAAGGUAACUUAAUGAUGACAGUUAUAGAACUAUUAUAUACAAAACAUUAAACUGUGGUGUAUUUAAUGUGUAUUGACACAUGUAUUUAAUGUGUGGUAGGUGGAAUCAUGCCGCCCCCACACCCCACCAUGUCAAUGUCCUAAUCUUCCGAAUCCGUGAAUAUGUUGGGCAAAGAAGAAUAAGGGUGCAGGUGGAAUUAAGGUACUAAUCUGACCUGGAAAUAGGUUAUUUUGGGUUCUUCAAGUGGGCCCAGUAUAAUCCCAAGGGUCCUGGGAAGAGGGAAUUGGAAGAAUGUCAGAGUCAAAGGAAAUGUGAAAUACAGAACAGAGAGAGAUACAACACUUGGCUUUGAAGAUGGAAGAAGGAGCCAUGACCUAAGGAAUGGGGGUUGCCUCUGAAAGCCAGAAAGGGCAAGAGAAGAAUCUUCCCUAGAGCCUCCUCCAGAAAGAAACGUGGCCUUGCCAACACCUUGAUUUUAGCCCAGUGGAACCCAUGUCAGAUCUCUCACCUACAGAACUGUAAGAUAAUAUAUUUGUGUUGUUUAAGUCACAAAAUUUCUGAUAAUGUGUAAGAGCAACAAUUGAUAACUAAUAUACUCAAGCUAAUAAUUUUUGGUCAUCUUUAUUUUGGAAAUACUUUUCUAGUUAAUUUUGUUAAUCUUUAUUUUGAAGGUACUUUGCUAGUCUGUUGUGAGUUUCAGUAAAUACAAAACAACUUUUAAAGGAUCUUGGCCAAUGAUAUACUACUUCAAAUGUACAAAUCCGUUCUAAGAGUGACUUACUAAUAACAUUUUUUAUGCUAAUGUUUUCUCCCAUUUUCAUACUGUUUCCACUACAGUAUAAAUAAAUUAAGGGAUGUUAAAUA